CUUACAUUUGCUAUUUGUCCCCUUCUCACCUUAGCUAUACAGAGAGAGAGAGAGAGAGAGAGAGAGAGAGAGCGAGCACAGCCGCACCUCACAAUCGGAAGUCUGAGAAAAACCCGGGUGAAAGACUCCACGAAAAACCAAGUAAAGAUUUCAUUUCAACACUGAUGAAUAUGAUGGAAAGAAGAAGUUUGACUUCAAUGAUUUUCACUCUCUGCAUAAUUGAAUCUCUGUUGAUUUCCCAAGCUUCGGCUAGUGGCGACGUCGCGGCGGCGGAUGUGGGGUGGUUGAUGCCAAUGAUGAGAUCCGGCUGCAAAGGGACCAUAGCCGAGUGCCUUGCAAACGCCGACGAGGAGGAGGACGAGUUCCAGCUCGAUUCGGAGUCCAAUAGGCGUAUCUUAGCCACUCGCCGCUACAUUAGCUAUGGUGCGCUCCAGAAGAACAGAGUCCCCUGCUCUCGACGCGGCGCCUCCUACUACAACUGCCGUCCCGGUGCUCAGGCCAAUCCCUACACCCGUGGUUGCAGCGCCAUCACUCGUUGCAGGGGCUGAGAUUUCUACAGUAUUACUACUAUUCCUCUAUUACUUUGGAAUAUUUAUCAGCUUUUUAACCUUGCUUUUUUCCCCCCUUCUUUUUUGAGAUUGGGUGUUUGGUGAAUUAUUGUGGUUAUUAUAAUGUAUUGUUUUUCAUGUACAACUUAUAAUUUUUGUGAAUACUAAUUCAUUAUCUUAUAUCUAUCAUAUUUGUUGUAUUGUUUGGUA